CUUCCCAGCUCCUGGCCUUCAGUGAGGCUUAACGGGAGCAUGCAGCAGGAAGGGAUCAGCAGUGUGAAUCAACUGGGAGGGCUCUUUGUGAAUGGGCGGCCCCUGCCUCUGGACACCCGGCAGCAGAUUGUGCAGCUCGCAGUCAGCGGAAUGCGCCCUUGUGACAUCUCACGGAGCCUUAAGGUGUCUAAUGGUUGUGUGAGCAAGAUCCUGGGGCGUUAUUACCGCACAGGUGUCUUGGAGCCCCAGGGCAUUGGGGGGAGCAAGCCACGUCUGGCCACACCCCCUGUGGUGGCUCGAAUCGCCCAGCUCAAGGGUGAGCGCCCAGCCCUCUUUGCCUGGGAGAUCCAGCGCCAGCUCUGUGCAGAAGGGCUUUGCACACAGGACAAGACACCCAGUGUCUCUUCUAUCAACCGAGUUCUACGGGCGCUGCAGGAGGACCAUCCACUGCCCUGGACACAGCUCAGGUCCCCAGUUGUUUUGGCUCCAGUUCCUCGUACUCCCCAUGGCGACUCUGAGAUUCCUCGGGGUCCCCACCCAGGGACCAGCCACCGGAAUCGGACUAUCUUCUCCCCAGACCAAGCCGAGGCUCUAGAGAAAGAGUUCCAGCGUGGACAGUAUCCUGACUCAGUGACCCGUGGCAAGCUGGCUGCUGCCACCUCUCUGCCCGAGGACACAGUAAGGGUCUGGUUUUCCAACCGAAGAGCCAAAUGGCGCCGACAAGAGAAGCUUAAGUGGGAAAUGCAACAACCAGGUGCUUCCCAGGAUCUGACUGUACACAGUGCUUCCCCGGGGGUCAUCUCUGCACAGCAGCCCCCUGGCAUUGCACCCACAGCAGCUCGGCCGGCCUUGGAAUCUUUGGGUCCCUCCUGCUAUCAGCUGUGCUGGGGGACAGCACCACACAGAUGUCUAAGCGACAGCCCAGCCCAAGCCUGUCUCAAGCCCUGCUGGGUCCCGACAGGAGGCGCUGGAGAGGCAGUGCCUGCAGCUUCUCACACCGGUCUCGAGGCCACUUGGCAGCAAUAA